GGGGAAAAGAAUAUUGGGUUAAUUUUCCUGUACUCCUCAAAAGCUGCUUCACUUCCUUGGGCCACGCAGCAACGUAACAAUCGGUGCGCUCGCCACUUUCCUUACAUAUGUGCCUUGCUGACGUGAAAAUGUCACCUGAGGUCGUACGUGUCAAGUUUGAGCGAGGAAAACUACCUAGGCGCGGUUCAAGGGUUGCGUGUCAGUGGGUGGUUGUGGCUGCGUUGUGUGUUGUUGUGGCGCUGGGUGUGUUGUGGCUCAUACACCAUCUUACAUGUUGCCACACGCAAUCACCGGAUCACAGAGUUGAGGCAAGGCAGGCGACGCUGAAGACCCAUCAGAAUGAAGGACUCAGAAUCAGUUACUUUUCCUCUUACUGGUCAUUUGAAAGUGAUAAAUAUUCGAGGAUGAGUAGAGCAAGAGGAGCAAUGUCAACGGUUUAUAUGUACAAUAAUACCCCCACGCAUUCUCGCAGCGUUGACCUAGAGGAGGAAACGCCCGCUCAACGCCUACACCGACUCCUGACGCACCCAACUACCUCCUGCAGGAAGUUGAUCCGAGUAGGCGGUCGAUCCUGCCUAGGUGCUUACGAUGGUUCAAAACUGGUAUGUCUGGAUGAGUGGGUCGGCCUGGUGCCUCAAGACUGCUUAGUGUACUCCUUCGGGAUCGGCCACGACUUCACUUUUGAUGAGCAUAUGCAGGACUUGGGCUGCGAGGUUCAUGCCUUUGACCACGACGCGGACCACGAGCACUACGACUACCGCCUGGGUCCCACUGCUUUCUUCCACAAAGCCCGCAUCGGUUCGGAGACAGGAUACAUGAGGUCAUGUGACGGUGACGUGUGUGAUCCUCUCAUCAACUACCUCACCCUCGCAGACAUUACAAAGCUUCUCGAUCACGGUGGUCGGCGUCUCUCCUAUUUGAAAAUGGAUAUCGAGAGCGAGGAGUGGUCGGUGCUCAGCCAGAUCCUGCACCAUCAAAACUCAUCGGCCACCCUCGCAUCUACUGCUCAGCUUUCUUUAGAAAUCCACAUAGAGCUUCAUGGCAAAUCACUAAGCGAGAAAAGGGCCCGAAUAGCCUCAUGUCUAGCUACCCUGGAAGAGCUGGCGAAUCUUGGUUUCAAGCUGCUGACCUACGAGGAGAACGAACUCAACCCCCAAUACGAAGACAUCGAUGGAGCUCACUUGGGACUUUAUGCAGAGAUUCUCCUCUUACGCACCAACCGCAACAGUACCUACAUCAAUCCAUCGAAUUAAUGGAACUUCUAAAACAGGGUUGUUUGAAAAGUCUAGAGGACAAGGUAUGCAAGUGGAUGGUGGGGGUGGGGGGGCAAUAAAAGGAUGGAUGUAUGGGAGUGCUUAGGAGUUUAAAUAUUCUAUAAUGUUAACAUGGGUGGAUUUGCGUUAAAAAAUAGACAAGCACCUUCCA